AUGGUGCUGCUGGGGCCGGCGAGUGAUGGGAUAUCCGGAAAUGGCUCGACGCGCCCUUCCUCCUCCUCCAGCUCCGACUCCGAUUCCGACGGGCUUGGUUCCAAGGAACGCCAACGCCUCCGGACCGGAUUGAACCUCUCUCUCUCUCUGUCUCCUCUGAGUCGGAUUCUUCCCCCCCGCGACACCGUGAACGGAGCUGCUCGCUUGUUUGCCUGCUGUGCCGCGGCGAUCGACAGCUGCGCCAUCACGUGGGCGACGAGAUCGGCUGCAACAAGCACUCUUGGCGAGCGAGUUGCUGGGAGGCAUUUUCCGGGGGGAGAAGAAGAAGAAGACGAGGAGUAUGGGGAGAGAGGGGGGGUUGAGAAAGGCGUCGCUCGGCCCUCAACGGCCGGCGAACAUUUAACAAGGCAUCCGAUGUCCUUGCAAGGGGAGGAGGAGGAGGAGGAGGAGAGGGGGGACGGCCCAAGGACACGAUACCAAAUUCCCGCUAAUUAG